AUGGCAAGCAAGGGGCCCUCGGCCUCUGCAUCUCCUGAGAACUCCAGUGCAGGGGGGCCCAGUGGUAGCAGCAAUGGUGCUGGUGAGAGUGCAGGGCAGGACAGCACCUUCGAGUGCAACAUCUGCCUGGACACAGCCAAGGACGCCGUCAUCAGCCUGUGUGGCCACCUCUUCUGUUGGCCAUGUUUACAUCAGUGGUUGGAGACCAGACCUAACAGACAGGUGUGUCCAGUUUGCAAAGCUGGCAUCAGCCGAGAUAAGGUCAUCCCCCUCUAUGGCAGGGGCAGCACUGGGCAGCAGGACCCCAGAGAGAAGACCCCUCCUCGUCCUCAAGGACAGAGGCCAGAGCCAGAGAACAGAGGGGGAUUUCAAGGAUUUGGAUUUGGAGAUGGUGGCUUCCAGAUGUCUUUUGGAAUUGGGGCAUUUCCCUUUGGGAUAUUUGCCACAGCAUUUAAUAUAAAUGAUGGGCGGCCUCCUCCAGCUGUCCCUGGAACACCCCAGUAUGUGGAUGAGCAGUUCCUAUCACGCCUCUUCCUGUUUGUGGCCCUGGUGAUCAUGUUCUGGCUGUUGAUUGCCUAA